AUGUCGGGCAGAAAGGGCGAUCUCCAGCCGAGCACAGCCAUGACAUGUCCCAACAACCAGGCUGCCAAUCCCUUUUUCGUGGACUCGCUUAUCAACGUCAGGGGCGAUGCGGGCUCUUAUUACCACAGCAACGGCGUGUAUCUGCCGCCGGAAUACUCCUACGGACUCCCCGGCGGCUUCGCCGGCAUCGCCAAGCGCGGCGAGGGGAGCGCGCCGAGCGGGGUCCCGGCUUCCGCGCCCUACGCUCCCGGGAUGGAGACGUGGCUGGAGGCGUCUCGCCCGUGCAGGGUGGAGCAGCAGCACGCGAGCCAGCAGUGCUCCUUCUCCGCCGCCGUCAAGGAGGAGAACGCCUACUGCCUCUACGAGUCCGACAAAUGCCCCAAAGGAGCCGCGGUGGAGGACGGCGCUUUCCCCGGGGCGUCGUGUCCGCUCACCGGCGGCGGCACCGUGCCGGUGCCGGGCUACUUCCGCCUGUCGCAGACCUACGCCUCCUCCGGGCUUUACCACCAAGCCCAGCCGAGCGUCCAUAACUUCCCGCCGCAGAGAUCCCCCCGUGCGCCCGCCGCUUCCUGCGGGCCGCGGGAGAGCCGCGAGGCGGCGCCGGCCUCGGAGCCCCGCGUCGCCCCGGCCAGAGAGGAGGACGGCCGGCUGUCCACCGAUGACGGCUCGUCGUCCCCGGAGGCUGCGGACGAGUGUGAAGAAAAGCCCGCAAAAGAUGCUGGCAAAGCGGAGGGUCCGGCAAACUGGCUGACGGCCAAAAGCGGCCGGAAGAAGCGUUGCCCGUACACCAAGCACCAGACUCUGGAGCUGGAGAAGGAGUUCCUCUUCAACAUGUACCUGACCAGGGAGCGGCGCCUGGAGAUCAGCCGCAGCGUGCACCUCACCGACAGGCAAGUGAAAAUCUGGUUCCAGAACAGGAGGAUGAAACUGAAAAAAAUGAGCCGGGAGAACAGGAUCCGGGAGCUGUCCGGAAACUUCGCUUUCUCCUGAGACUUGCGCAGGCGGACGCGAACGCAUCUUCGUCCCACCGGACUGCAGGGAGAAUCGACAGGAACCCCCUCCCCCCACACCCGACCCCGCCGGGCCCCCUCUAUCCAAGGCUAACUUAUUCAAUGUUAUGAUUUCCGCUUUUCAUCGUCGUGGAUGUGUAUUUAUAUCAAUGACAUUUGUAACCGUUGUGUUUGCAACGUUCACCAAUGUGAGCGCAAUGUACAUAAUGUAUAGUGAAAGCGUUGCUAUGUGCAUGCAGAAUUAUACCCAGUCGGUGUUAGUAAGAGAUCUGAGUCAGAGUAUUUGCACACUUUUGCUGGUCAUCGUCAGCAUC